AUGGAGACCAUCGUCAGGGUAGGUCGAGACGUCAGCCAUGUCUGCGUCCACGACGAUGUCGUCUACUAUGCUGAUGGCAAAAUUAAGCAACUCAGAAGAUGGUCAAUUAGAGACAGUGCGGAACUCUCUUCCCUGAACCUACCAGGUUCCCUUGCUAUGCUGUGUUCAUUACCAAGCGGUGUCUUCGUCGUUCUGAGCAACACUAAUCGUGUUUACCGACUACAGCCGCCGAGCUACUCCUGGCUCUACCAGCUGGAGUUUGAUGGGCCACUUCUCUCCUUCGAUACUACGACUAUGGACGAAGACUACUUCCUUUACAUUCCUGAUCAUCUCAUUGGAGACCGGCCGGUGGGUGAAGUCUGUCUCACCACGGUUAGCUCUGAUGUUCUCAUCACGACCAUUGCUGGUGCUACGGCGGCUCGCUUCGUCCCCAAUACUGAUGCUUUUGCUUCUGUUUGCUGCCUCUUCGCUGAUGAGCUCUCCUGCACGGUAUGCCUCGUGGACCUCAUAAGACAAACUACACUGUCGUACAGCACACCCUUUAUGGGAUGGGAUGUCUGGUCGAUGGCCAUCACUGAUGAAUGGCAGGUGCUCGUUGUUGUGGAAGAGAGUGAGGACGGCGUUGGUGGGCCGAACUUCUCCCCAGGACCUUUCAAUGCCGUCACUCUUCGCUGUAACCCCUGA